UUGUUUAAUCUGGAGUGUCCUUCGUCACCGCUCCAGAGCCGGGUGGCGGCGCCUGGCCUGUAUAUCAUGAAUAUUCAGUGCCCCUCAUUGCUUAUUUGUAGUCCCGCCCAGCGAACCACAUGAAGGACGACCUCCCGUCAGUACAAGGUAGACGAAGAAGAAGAAAGGAGAAAAGCUGAGUUGCCUUUUACUUACGUUACCGAGCGGUGGGGCUUUGCAAGAGCAGCAUGUAGGCAGAGUGACCGUCAGUGAAGAGGAUCAGGAAACAAUGAGCGCCAAAGCAGCCGGCAGUUCGGUGGGGGUAUUGCCCGCCUGCAUAGAGGGGCUGCCGCCGCUGCCCAAAAGCUUGAGCGGCUUACUCAAUUCAAGCGGCGGCUCCUGGAGAGAGAUGGAGAGGAUGUACGCUAAGAAGACCAUGAUCCAGGACGACCUGAGCCGUGGCCGCAGCUCUGGCGAUCACCCCGUGGUGACCAAGCCGGCCAACCUGGACGCUGCCCUGGCUCUGCUCAGGAAGGAGAUGGUUGGCCUGCGACAACAGGACAUGUCCCUACUGUGCCAGCUGUGGUCCCUCCACGAAUCAAUUCAGGAGUAUAAAGGUAGCUGCCAGGAUCUGUCGGGUGUAACCAACGUGGACGGCACUUACGUCAUGGAGAAUGGCUUUUUUGAUGAAGAAGACGAAUAUUUUCAGGACACAGGAAUUACCCCAAGUGGACACAUGGACCUCAACGAGUCGGUUUCCAAAUCUUUGAAUAGUAAAGACAAGUGGAUGCAGGAUUCGUUUCAUAUAACUAUUUAGGAAUCUGUUAAGAAUCCAGUUUUAAGCUUCCUACAAAUGUAUUUUGCCGCUAUACAAUAUUCGUUUCUCUCUCUAUUUAUAAUAUUACUGGCCUCUUUAUAAAAUAUGUCCUACAACUAAUAAUUAACAUUUCUUUCACUUACUUCAAGGAUGAAAUUGUUCUUCCAGACUGAAUGAUGCAAUAGGGUAUGGCUUGCAUUGAAUAUUUUAUAGUCACUUGAAUGGUGCUGCGGUGUGAUCACAGAAAUGGUUUAUAUAGCAGUUCAGAGUACACUUAAUAGCUUACAGUAAGGCUAGUGUGGUGAAGAAAUAAUUCUUGUUAAAAACAGGAAUGUGCUGGCAAUGAAGCUGCAUAUUUUUCAAAUUAAACUAAGCCUUAUUCUGUAAAAGGUGGUUUAUAUUUAUAUAUGCAGCAUAUUUCUCAGGUAUGAAGUACCUUUUCUAGGCACAGUUUUGUAUUGAUAACAUAUUUCUUUAUUUAUUUUGCAAGUAAAUGAAGUUUUUGCUAGAUAACUUUUUUUUUUUUUUUAAAGUAAAUUCUUCACUACAGUGUAAUGUCCACAUGCUUCUGCACUCUAAUCAAUGUUUUUUGACAUUUCUGGUCUAGGUGACAUGUUCUUUUAAUGUAAAUGUUCAUCUGUUUGGAUGUAUUUUCAUGAUUUGUUCCGAUUGUGGCAGUUUCUUACAGCUAUUAACUACAAAAUUGUACCUUGUUUUGGGAUCUAAAGUGGUUACAGUAAAAUGAGCUGAUUAGUGCAAAUAUUUAAGCAAAUGCCUUGAUUAGUUUAUGUGAACUAGUCAACAAAGACACUGUGCACCUCUGUUUUAGUAAAAAAAAAAAAAAAAAAAAAAACGCAGGGAGGACCCAAUAAUACAUUACACUGUGACUUUUAACUGACAAUUUCUGAACAGAUGAAUGUUGACUGUUACGGUCACUGCCCUGAUUUGGUGCUAUUCUACUCAACUGACUUUUUUAUAGUUGUCAGACUUGCUCAAUGUUUAUAUAAAAAAAGAGACUGAAUUUGUAAAGUGUGUUUGACAUUUUGAUGUUAAGUGUUCUUUUAAAAUGUUCAGUUAUGCAUGUUAAUGCUUCCUGUUUUUAUGAUAACUGCCAUAAAUAUUCAAUUUAUUUUUAUAUAGUGCACUUCCCUUUGGCAAAGCUCAAUACAAUGUAGGUGUUUAAAAAAUAUGACUGACAUAAAACACUAGAGGACAAUACCCCCUAUAUUGGCAAAUUCCUUAAUUGUCGCUGGGUUUGUAGGGUGUUAAUGUCAGUUUAAAGAUUCCAUGUAAAUGGUCUAGAUCUGUUUGUUUGUACAGAUGUGCAUACAAUGUUAUUUCAGUGUUUUAGGCCAUUGGUGUAAAUUCCUGUGGCUGUUUGUUUUUAGUUUUUGCUUUUGAUUUACAUCUGCUCCUGCCAGAAUUGGCACUAGUUCCCUAAUUAAGCUAAUAAUAAAGAAUAAAUGGUCUUUUGUAUAUAUGUAUGAAA